CAACAGCCGGAAGUACCUAAAACAACGGUCGUCCGGUGUAAACAUGACGAGCGACGCGUGCCCAUUGCGCAGCUGCCAACGCGCAGCAUUUGAACGUUCGCAGUUCGAUCGGCCAUAUUGCCCUCCGGGUCUUACACAACGCCCUCACACGAACGAUCGUGAGUUUACGAGGUAAGACGAAUAUUUGGAGGUUUCGGUGGUGUGCUGGCCUGGCGCAACGUAGAAAUACGUUUCCCUGUGAAGAAAGACGAUUUUCAGUAGCAAUCGAAGGAACCUGCAGCCACUGGUCGCGAGCGAAACGCGGUACAUCGACUAAUGACAGGCAAUCUAAUUGCAUAAUUUAAUGAUUCUACCAUGACGAGUAACGUAGCAACAAUUAAAUUAGAAGAGGGGCAAGAAUCUGUAACAGAGAUACAAACGUACUUGGAGACAUUUAAUAAAGAAAUAGAAGGAGGUCAAGGGGAGCAAUUGCAGCAUGUACAAUUGCAACAAGUGGAGGGAUUGUCGGGUGGCGAGGAAGGUGGAACUUACUUCGUUGACCAAUCUGGCCAAUAUUACUACCAAGCGAAUAGCGACGAGACACCUGUGAUGACACAAGUGCAGAUUCAAGAAGUAGAGGAAGCUGACGUACAAACCGAAGGUGAUGGUUCUCAGGAAGAGCAAUAUCAGGAAAUUGAGGAGCUCGAGAAUGUCGAUGGAGACGAAGAUGGACAAGUGGCUACCAAUGAAAACAAUCAAGUUGUCAUCAACUCCGGUGAUGCGUAUCAAACGGUCACAAUUGUUCCGUCUGACACCAAUCCCGGAGAAGUCAGUUACGUCUUGAUAGUCCAACAACCAGACUCCGAAGAUAAAGAAAGCCGACCCGUGGAAAGAGAGGGAACAGAGGGCGAAGAAGGAGAGGGUGAACAAGAUCUUACUGUUUACGAUUUCGAAGACAACGAAGACAAUGAAGCACCUGUUGAGUCAGAGGCAGAGGAUGAUAAAACCAAAAUUAUCAAGUUCCUACCGAAGAAAUCCCAAACAGUUACUCAAGCUCACAUGUGUAACUAUUGUAACUACACAAGCCCAAAGCGGUACCUGUUAUCAAGACACAUGAAGUCGCACUCGGAAGAGAGACCGCACAAAUGUAGCGUUUGCGAAAGAGGAUUUAAGACGUUAGCUUCGCUUCAGAACCACGUUAAUACACAUACCGGGACCAAACCUCACCAUUGUAAAUUCUGCGACAGUGCAUUCACAACUUCGGGUGAACUUGUUAGACAUGUUCGGUAUAGGCACACGCAUGAAAAACCACAUAAAUGUCACGAAUGCGAUUACGCAUCCGUUGAACUGUCCAAAUUGAAACGUCACAUUAGAUGUCACACAGGGGAGCGACCAUAUCAGUGUCCGCAUUGUACAUAUGCUAGCCCUGAUACAUUUAAGCUCAAACGACACUUACGAAUACACACUGGAGAAAAGCCAUACGAGUGUGAUUUUUGUCAAGCAAGGUUUACUCAAUCUAACAGUCUAAAAGCUCACAAACUUAUACACAACGUCGGCGAUAAACCAGUAUUUCAAUGCGAACUGUGUCCGACAACGUGCGGCCGUAAAACAGAUCUCAGGAUUCAUGUACAAAAAUUGCAUACCUCAGACAAACCUUUGAAAUGUAAGCGCUGCGGAAAAACAUUCCCAGACAGAUAUAGCUAUAAACUGCACAGUAAAACUCAUGAAGGAGAAAAAUGCUACAAAUGUGAUUUGUGCCCAUAUGCAUCAAUAUCUGCGCGACAUCUCGAAAGUCACAUGUUGAUACAUACGGAUCAGAAACCUUAUCAGUGUGAUCAUUGUUUUCAAUCAUUUAGACAAAAGCAACUACUCAAGCGGCAUUGCAACCUUUACCAUAAUCCUACUUACGUUCCUCCGCCACCGCAAGAAAAAACUCACCAAUGCCCUGAGUGUGAACGACCGUUCAGGCAUAAAGGGAAUCUUAUUCGCCACAUGGCUGUUCACGACCCAGAAUCGUCUCUGCAAGAAAAGCAGCAGGCGUUGAAGAUGGGCAGACAGAAAAAGAUUCAGAUCAUUGACGGGCAAAGGGUCGAGGUGAUGACAGGUUACGAAGAGGAAGAGGAGGACGAGGAAGAUAUGAUGGCGGUCGAGGGAAGCGAUGGUCAGCAGUACGUAGUGUUGGAAGUGAUUCAGCUGGCGGACAACCAGGGAACCGAUCAGAUGGCUGUCGUGGCAAGCGAGGACGGCGACCUUGUAAUGCAGGAUCCUCUGAGUCAAGAAAGCGGAAUCGUGACCGGCACAGGGGAAGAAGGAGAUGACGUGGAAGAGGACGAGGCCGAAAUGGACGAGUUGAAACUGGAUACGGGAACGUCUACGAAAGCAUCGUCGCAAAACACGCAGAGCGAUCCAAAACUGCAGAAGGAGAUGGAAACCUGUUUUGGAUUUGACGAGGAAGAGGAAGACGAAGAAGAGGAAGGAAAUAGCAAUAUCAAUAUAUUGCAGACAAUUUCGUAAUGAGAAGAACACAGACGAGAGGACCUAUCUACAGAAUAGUCAAAUGUUUUUUCGUCUCUUUCACAGUGUCAGUGCACAAACUGCGAGUGCGGUGUACUAUUAUUUCAAAGACUCUGUGCAUAGCUCCAAUGAAGCUACUUUUCAGGGCUAGAGUGGUCCACAUACAUGGUACAAGAACUCUUUCUGCCACUAGUGCAUUAGGUGUAUCUAAUAAUUUAUGAACGAACAGUAGUCUCGUGGUUUAGUGAAAAUAUCAAUCGAAUGUGCAAUUAUAAUAAUGUAAAAUAUUUUACUUUAUUAUCGGUGAGAAUUAUAUAUUAUUAUAUACGAUAUAUAUUGUAUAUAAUAUAUAAUGUAUAUUAUAUAUAAUAUGUACUAUAUAUAAUAUCCCCCUUUUUCUGGGAAACGUCGACUCGAGUCGGCUAAGCACAUUACUAUUGAUAUGAAGAAACAAAACAGAUAUAUUAAGAGAAUAGGUUGACAUAAUAUUUUUAAACCGAGCUAUUUAAAAACUUUAAUAUAAAAGCACGGCGCAUAGUGAAAUGUUUUGAAACCGGCUGAGCAGCAGUCGGGAUUGUUGGAGCGUGGUUUAAGCGAGACCGAAGUUACAAGAUAAAGUGAGGCUGCGGUGUAAAUAAAUGCUUUCCGAUUACACCUCAUUUUAUAGAGACAAAUACAGUGUUCUGUGAAUGACUAGAAUAAUGGAAGGCGCUGAAUUUUACGUUUACAACGUAAACGAAAUUUAUAUAUACAUAGGCAUGUAUAUAAUGAAUCGGUAAUGACGAAAACGAACACGAUUAGGGGAUUUUCCGUUUAACCUGAAAGCCGUUACGUUCGUCACUGUAUGUAUAUAGGUAUUUCGUAAUAAUAAUAAACUGUCAUUUUACAAGUAAGUACCUACAAAUCGCUAUUAAUGAUUCUAAUUACACGGGGUUCAACUUUUUCGUUAAUAAGAGUACGAAUGCCAGAUAAUAACCCAACAUUUGAGUGUAACGUUACAAUUAGCAGUGUGUUUGUAAUGUUUUAUUUUCCUUCUCUUUAAAGAAAUUAUUGUCUUGCUCUCAAGAAAAACACGAGCUAGUUGAAACGUUGUUUUUUAACUGGGUUUAAUUGUGAAUAUGAAAUGAAGAAAAACGUACGUUGAUCAAACACAAAUUUGUGCAGGGAGACGUUCUACAAACCAGUUUGCUUUAUUAUUAUUAUUAUUAUUAUUAUUAUUAUUAUUAUUAUUAUUAUUAUUAUUAUUAUUGUCAUUGUAAUAUGCGAUUGUGUGAUAUCCAAACGCGACGGUUUUCUCAUCGGUACAGAUAAUAUAAGUUCCAAUUGUAAUCAAUUUAUUAUUGUAAACGUAAUUUAACACGCAGUUUUUUCGUACACUAUUGCACGUAAGUUAUGCUAUGUACCUCGACAGAAACAAAUAUUGUAAGGAGAACAAAAAAAAAGAUGGAAAACAAAGAACAUGUAAAAUUUUUUUACGCUCGUGCUGUAAAAUUGUAAUUGAGUGACUGAUAAUCAUUACGUGCUCUACGAAACGAAGCACUUUCAUACAUUAUCCCAAAGAAAAACGGUGUAGCAUUUUCUCUGUAAUAAACGUUAUGUCAUCGA